AAUAUUUGACAUUCAAUAGAUUACUAUGCCCUCCACAAUUUUUUUAAAUAUUAAAAAAUGUAUUUAUUUAAUUGUCUGUAUAUUAUUCUCAUUUUUAAUGCCAAAAGUUUCGUCCGGAGCCAACGACUUGCAUUUCUACGAUGGGGCAUCUACAGCUGAUAUUAUUGCAGGAGAUAUAUUUUUCGAAAUCUUGGACCCACCAGAGCUAAGAUAUUCGUAUCGCAUUAGACCAGCUAAAGACUUUGGUACUCCUUUUAAUGGCAGCAUUCAUUUUGAAAAGGCAAGAUUAGUUCCAACAGUUCCAUUGCAUAGCUGUGCUGAUGUUAUGAAUCCAGAUGAAAUAUUUGGCAAUAUAGCCUUAUCAGAGAGGGGGGAGUGUUCAUUCGUGUUUAAAACAUUGAAAGCACAGCAAGCGGGCGCUCAAGCAAUUAUCAUCACAGAAUCUGUAGACAAAUGGGAUGAUGCGCUGGACCAUCUCAUUGAAAUGGUUGACGAUAAGAUGGAGUUGGACGUGAACAUACCCGCGGCUUUUCUACUGGGUCGUAGCGGGGCAACAAUACUGAGGACGUUGAAAAGACUGCAUAAAAGAUAUGCCCUUGUAAAUUUACCAAUAAAUAUGACUCAUGUACCAUUAGGUAAAAUGAAUCAACCACCUUGGAUAUCAUGGUAAAGGAACGACAUUGUUUGUUUGUUUUAUGUUUGGAUUAUUUAUGUUUUGUAGUUUUACAAUAAUUUGAGACUUUGAAAUUAAGUCUUGAUACUUUUACAAACAACAUAGAAAAUAUUAAUUGCAUUUUAAUAAGUCAUUAGUUACCAGUAACUUUUGGGAGAUAAAUAGCUGCUAGUAGUUAUACUGUUAUAUGUCUUUGACCUUCACUAUCAGAGAUAUUGCCCAACAGUAGGACAUAUAUACUCUGUUUAUUUUACUUAAUGAUUGAUAUGAUACUGGUGUAACAUGUUUUUUACAAAUCGAAUGACAAAGUGCCUGUACUUUUAACCGAUUUUAAAUAAGGGGUUAUCAAAUUCGGUGAUUUUAUUUUUAUGUUAACUCAGAACCGUUAUUUAUGAAGCAAUUUGGAUUUUUUUUUUGUUUGGGAGGGGUAUACUUCCCUCACCUUCUCACUUUUUGAACACUCAGUGAUGAAUAGGUUUUUUGUGUACGUGUGUGCGCGUGGAUUCAUAUAAAAUUUGUACCGGCGUGUAAAUCGCAAGUCACGCAAAUCGUAAACGAGUGCAGUUAACUCAAAAUGCAAGCAAUAAUAUAAGCAAUAACCGUGAUAGGCAGCUGUAAGCUUUCAAUGUUGCUGUUAUGAAGGAAAGCAAUUCUAAUCUAAACCAUAACAGCGAGAACAAAUUUGUUAUAACAUUAUAAUUAUUAUACAAGUUAAUAAAAUCGGUUGUACGUUAAGCCGUACGCGGUCCGUAGAGCAGA